GGGACGCCACUGGGGUCCGCGUCGCUGCUACGCAGCGGCAGGCGCUGGGAGUGACCAAGUGCUCUGCUGGUUUGGUUGCCUGCGUCUCACUGUUGGAAGUGGGGGAUUAUUUGGGAAGGGCUCCUGGUUUUGUGUAUUUUUGAGAAGAACGUAGAUAGUCCUUUCCUGGAACGGGAGAGCGGCCCGGUCCUAGUGCCCGCUAAUACUAGGGGCUGUGGAGCGGACGGAGGUUGUGGCCCUACCUAAGCGUGACCUCGCUCCGCGAAGCCGCCCGCGGGGCGCUGAUGGCCGAACGCAUUCUGGGAAAGACUUUAGCCACGGUGUCUCUCUCUGUGGCCUUGGCCUCUGUGACUGUCAAGUCCUCGGGCUGUUGCAGCAUUCCGGCGUGCAGAAGCUCAUUUUUAUCCUGUGGGUUUCAUCUUAACUCCAACAUCAUGUCUAGUUCUAAUGGUGCCAAAGAGAAUUCGCACAACAAGGCUCGAACAUCUCCGUAUCCUGGUUCAAAAGUCCAACGCAGCCAGGUUCCAAAUGAGAAAGUAGGAUGGUUUGUUGAGUGGCAAGACUAUAAUCCUGUGGAAUACACUGCUGUCUCUGUCUUGGCAGGACCCAGGUGGGCCGAUCCUCAGAUCAGUGAAAGUAACUUCUUUCCCAAGUUUAAUGAAAAGGAUGGGCAUGUUGAGAGAAAGAGCCAGAACGGUCUAUAUGAGAUUGAAAAUGGAAGACCCAGAAAUCCUGCAGGACGGACAGGACUGAUUGGCCGGGGGCUUUUGGGGCGAUGGGGCCCAAAUCAUGCUGCAGAUCCCAUCAUAACCAGGUGGAAAAGGGAUAGAAGUGGAAAUAAAAUUACCCACCCUGUUUCUGGGAAAAACAUCUUACAGUUUGUGGCAAUAAAAAGGAAAGACUGUGGAGAAUGGGCAAUCCCAGGGGGGAUGGUGGACCCAGGAGAGAAGAUUAGUGCUACACUGAAAAGAGAAUUUGGUGAGGAAGCUCUCAACUCCUUACAGAAAUCCAGUGCAGAAAAGAGAGAAUUAGAGGAACAGUUGCACAAACUCUUCAGCCAGGAACAUCUAGUGAUAUAUAAAGGAUAUGUCGAUGAUCCUCGAAACACUGAUAAUGCAUGGAUGGAGACAGAAGCUGUGAACUACCAUGAUGAAACAGGUGAGAUAAUGGAUAACCUUACCCUAGAAGCUGGAGAUGAUGCUGGAAAAGUGAAAUGGGUGGACAUCAGUGAUCAACUCCAGCUUUAUGCCAGUCACUCUCAAUUCAUCAAACUCGUGGCAGAGAAACGAGAUGCACACUGGAGUGAGAACUCUGAUGCUGAGUGUCGCGGGUUGUAGCCUCAUCUCUGUGUCAGCCAAGUGCAGAAGAGCACGUGCUGAAAAGAAGGCGGUACCACAGAGCUCAUAGGAUAGAUAAGGGGGGCAGGCACGGUCACUUGGAAAUUAUUUCAUUCACUUUCAAAACUGCUUGCAUUUAGAAGGUUUUAAUCAGAAUAAAAUUAGUAAAUAUGAUGAAAUGCAACACAUAAUUUUCUGCUUUCCAGUCAGAAGAAAUAUAAACAACAUAUUUUUUAUGUAUUCUAUUUAAGCAUGGUUUAAACCAAAUCGAAACAGCUGAUGCUCUUUGAAGAACCAUAACCUGAAUAAAGAUAAAUUUAGGGUCAGCCAUUACUUCUGCCUUCCAUGUUAGUUCUUUCUUUUUUUCCUGUUGAUCUAGGGUCUGAAGGAUGUUUCUGGCAUAAAUAUCAGGCUCCUUUAGGAGAACACUGCCAGUGUCUAACCUGUCUUUAAAUUAUUUGCUUUAUGUGAUCUUGUUGAAGCUGAUUUAAAAAAUGAAAACCUUGUUUUGACUUCAGAAUUACCAGUUUAUUGAGGAAAUUUCAGUUUAUUGAGGAAAUUGAUCUUGUUAAUAAAGAUCAGUAUCAAUGAACAGCUCGUGUUCUCAUUUUUUAAAAACUCUGAAUUUAAAAAUAUGUCCUGGAAAUUAGUAAUUUAAAUUGAUGUAUUUAUUUCACUCUACUGUAACUGUAUGUAUCAUAAAUAAAGCAAAAAUACAUGUUCAGGGGCACCUGGGUGGCUCAGUUGGUUGUGUCCAACUCUUAAUUUUGGCUCAGGUCAUGAUCCCAGGGUUGUGAGAUCGAGCCCCAUGUUGGGCUCCACACUCACCAUGGAGCCUGCUUGGGAUAUUCAUAUUCUCUCUCUCUCUCUCUCUCUUCCUCUGCCUCUCUCCUCCACCCAUGCUUUCUCUAAGAAGUAAAAUAAAAAUAGAUGUUCAGAAAGGAUUGAAAUGAGAGAGGGAAGCCUUUGAGAGUUAAACAUAUUAUUUGUUAGGAAGGGAAUAAGGAUUGGAAUAGGUUUUUGAGAGGCCCACCAUUAACAUUAUAAUUCCCAGAUAAAGGAAAGAGUUGUUGAUGUUCUAGAUACUUAGGGAAGAAGAAUGAAAAUAAUACUUGUCUUAGUGGGCAUGUGUAUCACAUCCUGGCUAAGAUAUUUAUUGAGAAAAUCCCAUGCUAUUUACUCCUGUCAACCUUGAGUAGGGACCAUCAUAAUUCCGUCUUCAUUCUAGUUGGGUUACAGAUGGGGCAUCUGAAGAAAAGGAGGUGUAAGGGAUAGAGACAUGGUGGUUUCCUUUUCUUCACAUAUUUGAAAAAGGUAUUAGGCUUAUUCUGUAGCUUGAGAACAGAACUUGGGCUAAUGUAAAUCAAAAGUCCCCUCAACCCCUGCUAAAUUUAGUGUCAAAGCUACUUUUACUUUGGUGGUAAACCUGAACUAAACUGACAGGAAGCUUUUUCCUCAUUAGUGCGACUUAAGGUUUGCUGAGAAACAUUAGAAUGUUUGAUUUCCAGAUGCUGUUUCAGACCCCUCUGGAAGAGUUACAAGGUUUAAGCAUGGUAUUAAUUUUCUAAAAUCCAUAAAAUCCUGGUCCCUGGUAUGUAAUAAGGGACUUGUGCUUGACCAGGAUGACCCGCUCACUAGCUGAGGGGUAGGAUGGCCUUCUCCCAGAAUCAGAGUUGGAUUCUACUUUUACUGUUUGGCAGGAAGAGACUGCUUUUUCCUGGCACUGAAUAGAAUUUUUAAAGCUGCUUACAAAAGCUCUUGAGAAAGUUUGAGCAAUUC